AUUGCACUGACUGGAGGAUAAAUGGAGAAAUCGAGAGUACUGUGUGUGUGUGUGUGUGUGUGUGUGUGUGUGUGUGUGUGUGUGUGUGUGUGUGUGUGUGUGUGUGUGUGUGUGUGAAGGGCACAGAUGUUCGUUCUGCAGGCAAGAUUUUAAUUUAUGAAAAUGAUCUUGUUUAUGCAUGAGCGCCCCCUCCAUACAUACUGCUGCCCUGCUGUGUGUGUCUGUGUGUGUGUUUAAGUGUGUAAGUCAACAGGGACAAUAUGGUGACCAUAUCCCACCACUUACCCUCCCUCUUACAGUGGAAUAAUAAUGACAGAAAGUCACACUGCAGUGUUAAGAUUGAAUAUGUCCAAAUGAUAUUAUUUACAUGUGUUUAGAUGAUAUGAGAGAUAUGAGGCAAAAAAAUCGUUCAAUACAACGAAAAAUCAAUUUUCAAUAAUAUCCGUAAAUAAAAUGUAACAUCAUGUGAACAUUUCCGAUCACACUGUGGCUCCAACUAUUGUAGUAGCAGCAGCCUUUGUGUUUCAGUGUGUUGGCUGAUCAUAGCACUGAUUAAUGCAGCUUAAACUCAGCCAUCUGUCAUCGACACACACGCUGUGUGUGCGUUUGAGUUGCGCCGCAGCACAUAAUGCUAUCUUCACGCCACAACCAGAAAAAUCCUGUUCUCCGAUUGGCUGCCAGGUGUCCGUUAAAAUCACACCUCUGACAAUCACUGCUUAAUGUCCAGUAUAUUAAACUGCAGGGGUGAUUUUAAAAAAAAUACGUGCUAAAACAAAACUGGCAACCCUCUGUUCAACUUGGCAACCUUCCGAACCAGACAGUAAAUGAAGCCAAACUACUAAGGAUAGAUGUAAUUAUGUUAAAAAAAAAGUCUCUCAACAUUCGUUGAGGUAAUUUUACACUUUGUGUUUUCUUUCUACAUUUUACAUAAGUUUAUACAUUGUUGUUUCUCUUUGUAUCUCGAUUAACUUUGUGGUAUAUUUGCUUUAUAUAAUAUUUGUCUUCUCUGUUGGUGUUUUGUUACUUCUUUCAUUUGUAUUUUGUUUGCUGAGGUAAUUGUGUUUCUAUUGGUGAUCAUUUAACUUUCUUUUCACUAUUAGAGUAUGUGUCUUUCAAUAUUUUGUUAUAUAUAUUUUAUAAUAUUUUGUAUGUUAUUUUUCCAGUACAGGGUUGGGCUGUUCAAUAAACUCCAUCUUUGUCACCUUUGAUGAUUUGCCUUAAUUCAUCUUUUUAGUAUUUUUACAGGGUAGUAUUAGUAUUUUUCUUUGUUGUUUCUCCGGAAUUCAUUACAAACGGCUAAACUGUUGAGUUUACUCUCUGUGUGCACGCGCUUCGCGGUAUACUGGGUGCUUCAGCUGCACGGGAGCGCGCACACCCGUUGAUUACCACCGGCCUGACGCGCGCCGUGAGUCCGCGCGGCAAAGCUGCUGCCCGUCGCCAUAGCGACAAGACCCCGGAAACACAGCGGUGGUGAUCAGCUUAGUGCACGUUUAUCUGUCUCUUUGUUUACCAGAGACGAGCAGUGAUUGUUUACUUGUUUGUUUGACUCGUAAACAUGUCGGAACCUGAGGAGGAACUGCGGGAAGACGCGGCCGAGAAGAAGAAGAGGGAGAAACGGAGCUGGAGGAGGAAGAAGGAGAAACGUGAGCAGGACGAAGAGGAGCAGGUGGAGCAGGAGGAACAGCACAGUGAGGGUGUUGUGCUGCGCGGGAUAUUCAAACUGGGGAAGAAGAGCCAUGAUGUUCUGCUCACCCGAACUAGACUGACCUGGACCCCCAUCAUCCCAGAAACCCCGACAGCAGGUGAGGCGUGCGCGGUGCAGCCAGGUGUGCUGCUGCUGCAGGACGUGUUCGCGGUGAAGGUGAAGCGGCGGCGCGGAGCGGGGCAGCAGUCGGGGGGCGCCGUGCUCGGCGUGGCUCUGUUCUGCUGCAGGAGGAGGGGCAGGAAGCUGGAGGAGGACACGCUGCAGCUGCACAACGCCUCCGCCGAGCACACGCACGCCUGGUACAACACGCUGAGCGAGCUCAUCGCAGGCUUCAGCAGUCGUCCCAGGUACGUGAAGGUGUUCAUCAACCCCAGCAGCCACAAAAAGGAGGCCGUGCACAUCUACAGGGAGCACGUGGCGCCGCUCUUCAAGAUGGCCGACGUCCGCACUGACAUCACCGUGACAGAGAGGAAAGGUCAUGCUCUGUCAGUGAUGAAGGAAUGCAAACUGGACGAAUAUGAUGGGGUGGUGUGUGUUGGCGGGGACGGUUUCGUGGCAGAGCUUUGUCACGCUCUGGUUCUCAGAGCUCAGCUUGAUGCAAACUCUCCUGAGAAUCCGGUGAAAUCAUCGCUGCCACUGGGGAUCAUUCCUGCCGGCUCCACAGACGUGGUUUCCUGUUCUGUUCAUGGAGUGAGAGAUCCAGUCACUGCAGCCCUUCACAUAGUCCUGGGACACCUGCAGGACGUGGACAUGUGCAGCUUCUCAUCUCACGAUCAGCUGCUGCGUUUCGGUUUUUCCGCCAUGUUUGGAUUUGGAGGCCAAAGCUUAGCGCGAGCGGAGAAGAAGAGGUGGAUGCCGUCGUCACGGCGACGAGAGUACGCACUGGUGAAGACACUGGCCAGACUGAGGCCAGAGGACUGUCAGCUCUCAUUUCUACCAGCAAAGAGGUCCACCAGCGAACAGGCUGACCAUCGAGACCAGAGUCCAGAUUUAGAAGCAGAGCAGACCUGGGUGACUAAGCAGGGUCUUUACCUGAGCAUCAGCAUCAUGUCCAUCCCGUGUCUGAGUCCACACGUGCCUCGAGGGCUGGCUCCCAACACCAGUUUGGCAAAUGGCAGCGCAGCGUUGAUCGCGGUGGGAAACACUUCCAGGUCGGAGUUCAUCAAACACCUGAAGAGAUACAACAGCUCUAGUGGACAGUUCAGCUUUUCCUUCGUGGAGGCCCACACAGUGUCAGCCGUGAGGAUACGGCCUUGGUCACUUCCUGCUGCCUGGUCGGAGGAGGAGAGUGAGGAGGAAGAGGAGGAGAAGGGCGACCCCAAAACCACACCCAUCAUCCAGUCAGAGGGAGCUGCCUUCCCUUGGAACAUGGAUGGAGAGCUGGUGGAGAUCCCCAACGAGGUGCUCGUCAGGGUCCACCAGCGGCUCAUCACGCUCUAUGGGGAGGAGGUGGAGGAGGUGGAGUCUAACGCCUCCUGCAGCUGCAUCUGAGUGUUUUGCCAGUCACCAUGGUAACCAUGACCAUCCUUUGUGACUUUCUACAGAUGUAAAGUCUAUUUUUUAGCUUUGAUUGUUUCAGCUUUAGGAAUUACAAAAUCAUGUUUACAUUUUACUCCAUUUUAAUUAUCCUCUAUUAUUUUUAUUUUUAUUUUUUUAUUCCAAAUCUCGUUUUACAAUCGUGCAGUUUGUGGAUCCACAGUGAAGGAAUGUGUAGACAAGGUUAAAUUUAUUUAUGUUAAAUAUUUUUUACUUCAUCAUAGUGAUAAUGUAAUAAUUUGGCAUGUUUUUAGUAAAUGACUCUCUUUUGUUAAAAAGUCUACCACUGUGAUGAUGAUGAUGUCACUAUUUCUGUAAAUGCACGUUUUAAAAAUCUGAACCAGAUCAAAUGAGCCAAAGACAGUUUUAUAUUUAAAUAUGUAAAUAUGCCAUUACUGUAUGUUUAAACUUAUAUUUGAAUAUUGAAUAAUUUUUUAAUGUUAUUUUUGUAGUUACAUUUUGUGUAUAGCAGACAGAAUACUAGAGCUUUAAAUAGAAAAUAUUUGAUUUUAAUACAAACAUGACAAUAAAAGCAGUGAGACUCUCCAGUGCAGUAAUGUAAUAAAACACCAAAAACAU